AUGACAGUCAGUUACCAGUACGACGUGGCUUCUUCCGCCUCUGGUGGCUUCAUCCGAUUGCUGUUCCGAUGGAGGGGCAGCGUAUGGAAGGUGGUGUACCGGGAGAUGCUCCUCUUCACGGUCUGCUACAUCCUGCUCACCAUCCUCUACCAAUUCGUUCUCACAGAUUCGCAACAAAGGAUAUUUGAAAAAAUAGUGUAUUUCUGUGCCACUUUCAUGGAUCUCAUCCCGCUGUCUUUCAUGCUCGGAUUCUACGUGUCUUUCAUCGCGGCGAGGUGGUGGAGUCAAUUCAUCGCCAUACCCUGGCCCGAUAAGUUGAUGAACAUCGUCGCCAUGUAUAUACCCGGCUUGGACGAGUCCAGCAGAGUGGUGAGGAGGACGCUGAUGAGGUACCUCAACCUCUCGUUGCUCCUGGUGUUGAGGUCCAUCAGCAUGGCGGUCAAGAGGAGGUUCCCCACCAAGGAGCAUCUCAUAGAAGCAGGUUUCAUGACGAAGACGGAGCUGGAGAUGUUCCAAAGCGUGCCUUCCACCGAGUUCAACACUUUUUGGAUCCCGUGCACUUGGUUCAUCAAUGUUCUCAGGGAAGCGAGGCAAGAGUGCAGAAUCACGGAUUCGAAUGGCCUCAAGCUCAUCAUGGAGGAACUUAAUGAGUUUCGAUCAAAAUGUGGUCUGCUUUGGGGCUACGAUUGGAUAAGCAUUCCUUUAGUUUAUACUCAGGUUGUAACCAUGGCUACCUACGCCUUUUUUGUAGCUUGUAUGUUUGGAAGACAAAAUAUUACAACUGGCAGCGAAAACGGUUCCAUGAGCAUGCACCGUUACGAUUACUACGUGCCUAUUUUUACGAUCUUGCAGCUAAUGUUCUAUAUGGGUUUAUUGAAAGUAGCAGAACAACUGAUUAACCCUUUUGGCGAUGACGAUGAAGAUUUUGAGCUGAACUGGAUCAUCGACAGACACAUGAAAGUAUCCUAUUUAGGUGUGGAUACUUUAAAUGGGAUGCCGCCUCCUCUUGUAAAGGACACCUACUACAAUGAACUGGAUGUGAAGAUUCCGUACACCGAAGCAUCCAAGGGCUACAAGAAGAAAACAUACAGAGGAUCGGUAGCGUAUAUGCAAGUUCCUAUGGAACAGCAAGGCAUGGUUCUGCCCGACAUGUCCGAGGAGGAGGAUGACGGCGAGACGGCCAGCGAGGUGAUGGGGCCCAGACGCCCUUCCCUCUACUCCCUGUUCCUCUCCAAGGGUAAAGACGUCAGCCCUGCCAGUAGUUUCACCAACCUAGACAACCGGUCCAUCGCAUCCGUCGACUCCGAGUGCAAGGGCUCCUUGCCGAACCUCUCCACAGUGGGCAACAAAAAUGCAUCAGGUACCUUGGGACCUAAUCAAAAGUCUCCUCCAGUUCUGGAUAUGGCUAUGGCAGAAGAUGAUGAAAUGGUCUUGCAAGAGGUGAUAGUAGAACGCAACGAUAAAAGUGUGCCCACUGUAACCAGAUCAGAUAGUUUACAGAUUCCAGGAGCAUUUGCCUCUAGGAUUGGUGCAACGUCAGGUGCAAUGGGUAUGCUUCGAGGUUUAAGCCCCAAAAUUGCUCCUAAGUUUCCGAGAGAAAAAUUGAAAAGCAUGUUUAAGAAAAGAAAGCUUUCUUCAGCCUUUCCUUUCUAUAAGUUAAAAGGAGUUCAUUUUAGCAAAGACACAAAAGGUCACGACCACGAAUCAGUUCACGAGUCACUUUUAGACAUUAGUUAUCAAGAGCCCGUUGAAGUCGAGAUAACGUUGUCCACUCCUGAGCUUACAGAAACAGAAAAACUGACAGGAGUUCAUCCGUAUUACUUUACGCAACAAACGGUAACAGCAACAACCCAUAUGGCGACUGGUGGAGCGUUUACAGUUAAACAGCCAUCCCUUUUACGACAUGGAUCAGAGGAAGAUGAGAAGUAUGAAUCGUUGAAGAAAAUAUACAGAUCCAGCAGUUUGCCAAAUAUGUCACUCUCGGGUACAUAUGCACCAUACAUCCACGAUCCUAUCUUAACUUCAUCCUUAAAGAAGGUCUCAGAAGCUAUGAAAAAGAAAGAGAAGACCAAGAAAACGAAACGAAAAAGAAAAUCACCACCACCAUCAAAAGUAGACACAAAUGUAGAUAAACUGCAUAGUGAUACUGAUAUUCCAGACAAUUCUAAAUUAGCGACAGAUGUAGAAUCAAGAAGGAAUACUUUACCGCAAAUAACGUUAACAAAGUGCGGCCAAAAAGUAUCAGUAAAUCUAGCAACGUCAACGAACAAUUUAGGACAUUCCAGUAGCAGAAGUUCUGGUUCAGGAAUGGUUGUUGAAACGAAAGAUCAGGAUGGUGAAACUAAAUGUCAGAAUGCUUCAUCCAGGACUUCAUCUAAGUCAGGUGCAUCGACAUCGAAGGACAAACCACAAAAAACUAUAGAGCCACAUUCCACACCUGAUAAAACUGUUAAAGCCCUCGAAUCAACCAAACCUCCUGCUGUCACGAAACCACUUCUAGAAGAAGCUAAACGUAAAUCGCGUUUGAAAAAAUCACCUCCUCCAAAGCGGCCAGAGACUCUUUUGUUUGACACUAAAUCAACUUCCAAGCCAACUAAAAAAAUAGCCGGCAUAGCACUCAAGAGCUCACCUUCCUUUUCCGGAGAAUCCGAAAGCGUUCCUUCAAGUCCAACUUCAGACAUUCCCAGUCCAACAGCUGCAGGAUCUAAACCAUCAUUUUCUAGAAUUCCGCAAGAAAGAGUCUCAUCUUCGAACAGUCCGAAACGUUCGCCAGUGAAAGAAACUAAACAGUUACCAGCUCAAUUUUCAACUGUUCGAGCAGAUACGACAAUUACCAUUUCUGAUUUUCCAGAAGACCCACAUUUAGAAGAAGAACAAGAGAUUAACAAGUCGGCUCCUCCGCCAGAACCUCCCCAACGUCACGUUUCUCGGACAACAGGAAAAAUUAAAAAAUGAUCACAAAAGUGAGAAUGAGUAAAUUACUGGGAAAAUAUAACAAGUACGAGAAUUGUAUUCGUGCACAUGGCCAGAUGCUCUACAUGUCCAAUGGAGAAACAAAUGUAUACAGAAAGCAGUGAUGAGGACCAAAAGAAAUACUCUAAUUUUGAGGCUUCAAAUGAAUUAAUUUUUUGGAUUUAACAUUUUAAUCCAAAUGAACUCCAACGCCGUUUUAGGCAUUCUUGGAAACAUUUUUCAGAACGACAUCCGUCCAUGGGAGCAAAAAUCAUUCGUAUUGAUGGCAAUGGAGAAUUUUACUGAGAUGUAAAAUAUUUCACUUGAAGAAAUGUCUUUCUAAUCAACAAUUGAUGUAAUGCUUUUCAUGCAAAAGCAUUCAAGUUGACAUAAAAGCAUUAUGAAACACCCCCAAAUAUGGCAUGCAUUGCUCAUACUUUGAUGAAAUUCAGGGAUUUGAUUCAUUCCUUGUGUCCACUUAGAUGUUAUAUUAGUUCAUGAUGGAACAUGACAUUUAACAAUUAAGAACAAUUAAUCUUAGAUCUCAAUUGAAAUGUUGAUUCUCUUGAAUCAUGGGAAGUUCUUGGGUUUGUUGUUGAAAAGAUAUCUUCCAUUAUAAUCAUCAUAUCACAUAUUUAUUUUUCUUUUGUAACUGAUAAUUUUAGAACAUUUUAAAAGUUACUGAUUGUAUUGAAAUAUGUUAUGAUCAUCAGUGGCUAAAAUACAUUUGAAAAAUAAUCAAAUA